AUGAUAGCUAACUCAACCAAUAUAUCUAAUCGUAUGUUCAGAUCACAAAGGAUAAUUAUAUUGAGUAUCUUAGCUGCAUUCCUUAUGUUGCUUGGAAUCACAUCAUUAUCGGGUCAUCAUCAAGUUGUUGUUAAUUCAGUUAAAUCUAUGUCUAAUAAAGCUAGCGAUUCAAUUUCGGAUUUUUACAAUAAAGUUGAUCCAUCAUUACCAAGUGAUGAGAAAGAAUUAAAAGAAGAGGGAAUAGCUGAUGCAGAAAGAUUGGCUGAGCUUGCAGAUGAGAAACUGAAGGAAAUUAAAGAGGAAGAUAAUACUAGAGCACAACAGAAAUAA